AUGUCUUACUCCAAGAUCCUUCUCAUCUCCCUCGUCCUGGCCGCCGUCGAGGCCCGCUUCGGCCAAGAGCAGAUUCCCGUCCAAGCCGUCUCCUCCCUGCCCGACAACAACACCGGCAAAGCCGCCACCCUCGCCGGCGGUAUCCCGGGUGUCCUCCUCGCCGCCGCCAAUCCUUGCGAUAAGCUGGCCCUCGCCGACAAGAUCGCCGCGCUCGGCACCGGCUCCAACUUCCUCGAGGCCGCCAAGGGCGUUGUUGCCGCCGAGCAGAACUUUAACCCCUUUGUCGUCAGCGUCCCCAGCAUCUGCGGCGACGCCUCCCUACCCGCCACUGAGGGUCUCCGCGGCAUCGUGCCCCUUGUCGACCCGGCCGUCACCGGAUCCGACGCCGAGAACGCCAACUCAAAGACGUCGCUCCAGACCCCCUUUGACGCCACUGGUCUGUCUGUCGCCGACGUGAUGAAGGCUCAGGGUUUCUCCAACUUCACCAUCAAGGGCCAGGCCGCUGCUGGUGCUACUGGAGGCAAUGCCAACACUGGUAACAACAAUAACAACGCCAACAAUGCCAAUACCAAUGCCAAUACCAAUACCGGGAAUGCCAACUCCGGAAAUGCAAACACCGCUAGCUCAUGCGGUGGUGCCGCCAGCGGAAACGCGGCUGCGAGCAACAAUACCGGUAAUGCCAACACUGGUAACGCCAACAACAACAAUAACAACAACAACAACCAGGACCAGAACACUGGCAACAACAACGGAAACGCCAACAGCGGAAACGCUACCGGCGGCGCCGACUUUGGAAAGUGCAAGCCCACCAUCGACUUCCAGACCGGCCGCCCCGGCCGUAAGGCUACCGAGGGAACCUUCCUGCCCACCGACCCCCUCGUCGCCAAGGGCCAGCAGGACGCCCUGAACCCCAACAUCAUCAUCAACCGCGUCUGCGACCAGCUCACUAACGUCUGCGAGGCCAACGCUGCCGCCAAGACCAAGUGCUUGGACGCCAAGGCCCAGAUCCUGGCUUCCGGCGACAAGAGUGAGGCUGUUGCUACCACUUUCAACAAUCUCCUUGGCUUCUAA